AUGUUUAAAAGUGCAUAUAAAACAUUUAAUCAACCAAUGAUUCAAAAAUUCAUUGCUGGUGGUGUUGGUAUUUCAGGUUUAACUGCGUCAUAUUUAUUAUAUCAAGAUUCAAUGACAGCAAAUGCAAUGACAGCAGCAGAACAUGGUUUACAUCCACCAAGUUAUAAUUGGCCACAUAAUGGUAUGUUUGAAACAUUUGACCAUGCGUCAAUUAGAAGAGGUUUUCAAGUUUAUAGAGAAGUUUGUGCUGCAUGUCAUUCUUUAGAUAGAAUUGCAUGGAGAGAAUUAGUUGGUGUUUCACAUACUGCUUCAGAAGCAAAAGCAAUGGCGGAAGAAUUGGAAUAUGAUGAUGAACCUGAUGAUGAAGGUAAACCAAGAAAAAGACCAGGUAAAUUAGCUGAUUAUAUUCCAGGUCCUUAUGAAAAUGAAGAAGCUGCAAGAGCUGCAAAUCAAGGUGCUUUACCACCAGAUUUAUCAUUAAUUGUUAAAGCAAGACAUGGUGGUUGUGAUUAUAUCUUUUCAUUAUUGACUGGUUAUCCAGAUGAACCACCAGCAGGUGUUGUUUUACCACCAGGUUCAAAUUAUAAUCCAUAUUUCCCAGGUGGUUCAAUUGCUAUGGGUAGAGUAUUAUUUGAUGAUUUAGUUGAAUAUGAGGAUGGUACUCCAGCUACUACUUCACAAAUGGCAAAAGAUGUUACUACUUUCUUGAAUUGGGCUUCUGAACCAGAACAUGACGAAAGAAAGAAAUGGGGUUUGAAAGCUAUUAUUAUUUUAUCAUCAUUAUACAUGUUAUCAUUAUGGGUUAAAAGAUUUAAAUGGACUCCAAUUAAAAAUAGAAAAUUUAGAUUUGAUCCACCAAAGAAACAAUAA